ACACCACCACCGCGCAACGCAUUCGGACACGGGCUUGCUACUGUCGCCUGUAUCACGAAGAAAAAAAAAAGCAAAGAAAGAAAAGAAAGAAUAAUUCCGGAUUUAAUUUUGGAUCACAGCUUGAUUUCGAGCUCGGAGGGAAACGCUUGAUACAGACAAGAAGGAGAUUAGCAAUACCCGGCUUCAGUUACGAGUUCAGGUAGACCAGGCUUCUAGUUAGGAACAGCAUAAACACUAAUAUGAGUGUUAACAUGCGGAACAAGGUACCAGAGACGUGCCGGUACUGGCGAAUGAACAAAUGCAUCAAGGGGAAGCAUCAGUGUAACUAUGUCCACGGGUUCAUCUGCGUCAAUGAUGGGAGGUGCUGGCGGGAGAACUGCAGCAACUGGCACUUUCGACAGAAGCGCGGCGGCCGUGGGGACCAUUAUGGAAAAUCACAUCAGAAUUACCAGAAAAUGCACAGGAAUCGGCACCCAAGAAGCCGCAGCAGAAGCAUGAGUCCACGCUGGCACCACAAGGGCGGUCACAGGAUGCGCUCACCACCGCGACGCCGCAGCAGAAGCCGGAGCCCACCCUCGUGGAGAAGCAGAAGCAGAAGUCCACCCCCAAGAAGAAGCAGGAGUCGAAGCUCACACCCCCGUAGAAGUAGAAGCCGCAGCCCGCCUCCGAGGAGAAGCAGAAGUCACAGCUAUCCGUCACGCAGGAGCAGGAGUAGGAGUUACAGCUUCCCCUCACGUAGGAGCAAGAGCCGCACUCCGGCUUCCCGUCGCAGUAGGAGUAGGAGCUCUCCACGUGGAACUAGGAGUCCCUGUCCCUCCCACCACAGGAGUAGGAGCCACAGCCCCUUUGAACACCGCAGUCGGAGUAGAAGCCGCAGGAUGAGUCAAAGUCCUUCUCGCCGGAGCAGAUCACCGAGCGUCUCUCACAAUAAGAGCAGGAGCAGAAGCCCAGCCAAUCAACGGAGCGGCAGCUUUAAUUCCGGUGAAAGAAAGAGCAGGAGCCCAAGCCUCCCUCGACAGAGAAACAGAAGUGGAACCAUGUCGAGUUUCGACAGUGAAAAUUACAAUGCCAACCAAGAACAAAGAGAUGGGUUUGAGAGGAGCCAACACACUGGGAACAUACGCAGUAAUAAUAAUAGUUACAGCAGCAGCCCCUUGAGUAACUGCCCACCAAUGCACAAGAACAGGUCUGGUACUCAAGAACAAGUGUCUAGGCAAGAGGCAAUGCGGCCAGAUGUUCCAAUUUCCGAGCAGAUGAAGAUUGCAGCUGACCAGGACCAAAAGGAAAGGACAUCCAUUGUCGAGCUACAGGAGCGCAUUACAAGGGAUCUCAUGGAUCCUCACACCCAGAAUCUCUUAAAAGAGUUAUUGAAGCAAAGCAAAAAGACAGCAGAAGAGAAGGAGUCCCCCAGGAAAGAUGUUUCUCCCGAUCCUGCCGUAGUAGCGAGCGAACUGGAAGAACUAGGGAUGGACCUAGAGGAAGUGGGCGAAGAAGUGGAUGACAUCUUUGGGAAAUCUAUAUCCAGAUCCGUAGAAGAUUCCAUCGGGAACUCUUUCCAAGAGGGGUUGGAGCGCGGGAAAAGGCUGAGGCAGGUACAGGCCAGCACCAAUCCUUCGCCACCUUCCAGGGAAAGGGGACAUGAACCAAAGUCUUCCUCCCGUGGCCAAGACACCAGGUAUCCUUCUGACUGGAACUUAAAGUCUACAAUGGAAGAUCCUAGGAAGCACUUGCACUCCUCACUGCAGUCCUCGGAGGAACCCACUGUAAAGAGUGUUCCUGAUGAUGCCAAGUCCAGUGGCUCCUCUUUCUGGGUCCCGGCUUUUGACUGGCACAAAGCACAAAAAGUCAAGAAGGACAUGAGCUAUCAGUCUGGUGCCAAUGAUUGGGAGGUGGAGACACCCUAUGUUCAGAGGAAGGAAAAAAUGGGAGAGAGACAAACAGCUCAUCCCACAUUAAAAGAGACCAAGCAGAUGGUACCUCCAACUGCAAUGUCUUCUUCAUCCUCCUCGUCAUCAAGACUCCCUCCAGUACCUGCCAUGACUUCUCAGCUUGAUGAGGAGGCUACUGCCAGUAGAAUUACAGAGCUGAAUAAAGAUAAAGUUCCACAGUCUAGGCCUAUGCUCUUCCCCAGUGGUCAUUCAUACUCCCCCAGUGUACCUCCACCUUCCUCGCAGACAAGAGCACAUAGCAGUAGGUCAGCCAUACCAUCUCCAGGUGAUGAGGCAGCCGAUGACCAUGAGCCUCCAGUGCAAGUGCGGUCCAAGAGUAAACGGCAAAAGACAGGAAAGUCAAAACAGAGGAGAAGCUAUGAUUCAGGUUCUGAUUCAAGUGCGGAGGAUAAGAAGAUGAGUAAGAUGCAUGAAAGAGAGGUAAAGGAGUUGGAAGAUCCAGUACAGAAGCUGAUGCAGAAGAGGGAGACUCUAUUGAAAAGAGCCAGGUCUCUAACAGAGCAGAAAGAUCUGAUGAUGAAUCAGAGGGAGGACAUCAUUAGCAAUCACAAAGGAGACAAGAGCAGUCUUAAUAAUCUCCUGCAAGAAAACUGGUUCCUUGUGAAAGAGAUGGGCAAUCAGAUAACGAAGAUUAACCAUAUGGUUAUUGAAGUUGAGAAAGAGAUUGAGGUUUUAAAGCCAGGGAAUCAGCCAUUGCCAAGAGCAGAAAGCCCACAGAGGAGGAGGAGUCGGUCUCCUCCAGCCAUGAGGUUUUGCGGACCAUCUCGGCAGUAUGAGCACGGGAAGACACCAGAGAGGAAUUAUAAGCAUGUGGAGGCAUCUUACAGAAAUGAAUCAAAAGGCUAUGAGUAUCCAGAACAUCGCAGAUCCGUUUCACCAGCAUCAGGAAAGCACAGGUCGCGAUCUCCAGCUGCUGCAGGCCCACACAGAAUAAGUUCUCCAGCUGCAAGACAACAAAGGUCCCGAUCUCCUAAUGUGAGCAGGCACAAGUCACGCUCUCCAAAUGCUGGGCGACAUCGAACAAGGUCACCAGUAUCAGGUGGCCAGCAGCAGAGGCUGUGGUCUCCUUCAGGGGAGUAUUCCAAGGAAUUUCAAAGAGCACCAUCUACCUCCAGAAAGAGAACAACAGCUGGUAAACCCGAUGGGGAGAAAAGGCAGCAGGACAUGUACAGGAAAAAGGAGGAACCAAAAGAAGAAAUUGAUGAAGGGCUGCAAUAUCCCCAAGGCUUUGUUCAGAGGACAUAUAUUCGCUACUGUGACCAAGGCAUGCAUUGGUGUAAGCUGUGCAGCAUAUUCUGUGAGAGCAUUCCUGAGUAUGUGGAUCAUCUUCUCAGUUCAUCACACUUAGCGAAAUGUAAAUAUGAUCGGAAGACAUGGUUGGCCAAAGCCCCAAAGGAGGAGAAGGAACCCAAACCACCAAAUGCAACAGCUCUUAUAGUUCCAGUUCAAGGUGUGGAAUUUCUUCACUCGCUCACAUCUUACUACUGCUCCCUCUGUGAUGUCUUCAUGAGAGACAAGGGUGAAGCUGUCAGACACCCUGAGUCUAAGAUACACACUUCAAAUUACAAGAUGCAUUUGGUGAAGAAUCCCAUGUAUGAGGCAUCUCUUGUCAAGACCAAGGCAGCAGCUUAUGCCAAGUAUAGUGUUGAGCAAGCACGGUAUAUGGUGGAGGCAAAGAUGAAGCUGAAGGAAAAGAUUGCAACAGAUGAAAUUGAGGAGAAACUGCUGAGGCAGAUCAAGCAGAAGAGGGACAUGGUAAGACAGGAGAAGGAGGAGAGCACCGAGAUUAAUGAAAAAGUGGAAAAAGAGAGAAGCCAGAGGCAGGAGAGCAAGAAAGAGAAGAGUGAAAAGCGUGAGAGAGAGAAGAAGGUGGUAGAAUCAGACUCCGGGAGGACUCUUGACCACAAAAACGAGUCGUCUGUAACACAGACUCAGGCUUCUGAGAGCAAAGAGUACAAAGACACAAGUACAAGAAGUGAAUCCAAAAAGGAAAAAGGUUCUUCCAGGGAAGUCGUUACCAAAGAUCUGAAGACAGAGGGAGAUGAAGCAGCUUUUGCAGAUGGAUCAUACAAAGACAGUCAGGAUGAUGAAAAGAAAAGUGCAACACCCAAAUUACCUCUUAUUGGAAAAAUGCCAUUCUUGAAGAAGAAGCAACAGUCAUCAGUACCCAAGCGUAAAGAAUCAUCGAAAGAAACAAAGCAAGAUAUAGCUGCAAGCAGUAACCUUGUACUAGACCCAAAGAUGGAAAUUCCAUUGACAGAGGAUGAGCAGAAAAUUGACCUGUCUGAUAACAUUGCUUGGGUAAUGAGUCAAGAGAAUGAAAAUCUGAUUGAGAAUGUUGCAGAUCCCAAGACCAUAGCUGAAAAUGAAUAUCCUGUUGUCAGUGAUAUGGAUGUGUGCCCUCUCACUAGUGACUACACUGGCUAUGAAGAGCAGAGCGGUGAAGUUACAAACCAGGAUGAGGAGGAAUACAGUUGUUUAGAUGACUUGAAUACCUCCGAGUGCAUGGAUAUAGAGGACGAUGAGCCCACAGAAUGUGCUGCUGCUGCAACACUAAAAGCUUUGGAUUUACUGAGCAUCCCCCUGCCUGGAUUCAAAUCAGCAAACAAAACCCCUCUGCCAUCAGAUAUCCCCCUCCCUCCUAAAACAGAUGAAGCCUCCAAGAACCAAGAUAAUUGUGAUUUGCCUCUUCCACCUGGAGAGGAAAGCUACCCAGUGACACACUUUGAAAUGGAUAAUGAUUCCCAGGAGAUAUUAGCAGCAGCUAACAUGAUCCAUGAUGUACACAGGGAUUGUGGCAGUGGUAGCAACAGUCAGGACAGUUUCCCCAUGGUAGGACUAGUGAGCCAAGGAGGAUCUGACAUGCCUGUGCCACCAGGAACAGAAAGUGUUGUAAGUUCAGACCUACAGGUACCACUCUUGACUGCAGAAGUAGGUUCAGAUCUUCCCUUACCACCAGGUACUGAAAGCAUGAUGGGCCCAAGUUUACCUUUACCACCAGGAACAGAAAAUAUAAUCAGUCCAGAUGUACUGCCACCAGGAACUGAACAUGUAAUGGAUCCAGGCCUCCCCUUGCCACCUGGAACAGAAGAUAUUGGGGUACCUUGUUUACCUUUGCCACCUGGAGCCGAAGAUCCUCUGAGUUCUGAUCUCCCUCUGCCACCUGGUACUGAAGAUGUUGCUAUUGCAAGUUUACCCCUGCCUCCAGGAACUGAAGAUACUAUAACUUCAGAUCUACCAUUACCACCAGGAACUGAGGAUGAGGCCCAUAUGCUAGUCGGUUCGGGGUUAGGGGUUCCAAGUACAAAAAGCAAGACUGUACAUUUGCAAGACAUAGCACAAAAAUCAAAAUUGGGGAGUGACAUGACAGUACCAGGGACGCAUUUUGGUGCUCAGGAACUAAGCUCUGGGGCAUGGAGUAGUGGUAGCAAUAGUCAAGAUGGGUUUGGCUUGCCAGCUUUUAUGACUGGGAUGCACGAAAAUCCCAUUCCUCCACCACCUGGUACGGAAGACGAGCAUGACCUGCAUGCAUCGAUGAAUGUCUUGCCUCCAAUGGGCAUUAGGGACAAUAUUGCUAGCCAGUUUGCAUCUGAGAAAGCUCUCACUGCAUCUCAAACCACUACUGUGUGCAUGAGUAGCUUCACAGCACCAAAGCUAGGCCUCCAUACACAGAAUGCAUUGUGGAAUACUUCAAGUAAUCCAGAGGGAUUGGAACACGCUGGCACAACAUGGCCCACAGACCCAAGUGCAGUGAUGGAUAUGCCAACUAGGAAAUCACACAUUGACCGAGAAUUCACACCUCCCCCACCCGGAACUGAGAUGGAUGACCUGAACAAAAGUGACAGCCAUCCAGAACUUGGCGAGGCAAGCAUGGAGUUGAGUGAUGAAUCAGAUGAGGAAUGCUUGCAGGACAAGAAGGAGUCAACUCCUCCUCCUCCAGGCACAGAGUCAAGUUCUGAGUCCAUGGCCAUCAGCGAAAGUAAAUCUGGUAAGAGUAUAAUUUCUACACUGGAAUUGUCAACGAGAUUGGAUACCAAAAUACGGGAUCCAAGUCUCAGCGUUGAUUUUAAUGCCCAGUCACUGGAUACGCAGGUUAACCUACCUCAGUCUAAGAAAGAGGAGAGUAUUAAGUCAACAGAGAAUAUAGCAGACUCUCUUAAUCUCAGCAAUGUGAAUGUGUCAAAAUUUGGAAAGAGGUCAUGUAGUACAGAAGAUAAAGAAAGAGAAGAGAAGAAAUUUUCUGAAAAGGCUAAAGUCAACAAGGCAAAGGAUAAAGUAGAUGAUGAGAGAAUGCAAACUGAAGGUAACAUGUCCAAAGAGCAAGGUCCUCCUCAGCAGUCACAGAAAGCCCCAAGAAUAGGAAAGCCAAGCAAGAAGGAAAGUGAGGAGGUUGAACAUGGUAAGGAAGGCAGGCAGGAAAGUGAAAGCAAAGGCAAACAAAGAAAAACUAGCAGGAGGUCAAGGGAUAGUACAGAAGAACCUCAGUAUUUACAGCCAGUAGAAGAAGAGAAUGAAUUCCCUGAAGUGAAGUCAAGCACACCCAAAAAAUCCACUAGAACAGGGAAAACAGAGAAAUCUGAGGAAGAAGUAGAACUAGAAGCAAAAAUAAAUGAAGAAAGUAGCACGAAACACAGAAAGGCAAGCAAAAAAACAAAGGAAAGGCGAGAAAGUGUUGAUGACUUAAAACUGGCAGCUGACACAGAUGCUUCUGCUUCACAAGAGGAAACACAAACCAUGAAAAAGUCAUCCAGAUCUGGUAGAUCAACAAAGAAAGACAAAGACGAAAAUGACCAAGAUGUUCCAGUAAAAGAGACCAAACAGCGGAAAAGAAGCACAAGAAGUUCUUCAGAUGAUCAGCCAAGUGAAAAGGGCUCAUCCACUCCAAGGAGAAAAAGCAGAAGUGUUAGAGCUACAAUUCCUGAGGAAAGAGAGGAAGACUUGGAAAGCGUCCUGUCACCCCAGGAAAUGAGUGAGAAUGCCGACGAAUCAGAAAAGGCUAACAGCUCAGACGUAGAGGAUGAGCAAGAAACAGACAGUGAAACCGUCCCACAACAAAGAACAAGGGCUGUGAGACGGCUCGUUUCUGAAGACCAGACCUACGAGGCACUUAGCCCACGAAAAAGGUCAAGAAAGAGCAAGCCUUCUGUUAGUGAGGAGGAGGAACCCCCGCCUCGAAGAUCGACUCGAACCACCAGAGCGUCGAUCACAGAAUAAGUCCACCUUGAUUAGAUUAUGAAAAAACAGUAAGAUAAGGAGAAUUUCAGACUUACAUUUACAGUGUGCAAGUAAGAUCAAGUAGUGUAUUUACCCUUGAUAAAAAAAGAAAAAAAAAUAGUACAAUAGUUGAUUUUUUUAAAAAGGUAAUUCACAGAUGACAUGCAAGUAUAUACAUAUAUAUACCCGUUCUUUAGAAAAUGUCUUCAGAGCAAACAUGUAAGAUACUCUCGGGUUCUGAGUACAGGGAAUAUUAACAACGUUCUUACUCUAAAAUAAGUAUUUGAAACAGAUAAUCGUAGUCUGUUCCCAUUUAAGUUUACUCUCUCAUUUUUACAUGUCGGCUUAUAAAUUUAUGCAGUGAUUCCCUUUGCUUUUUUUUUUUUUAAGUUUUAGACGUAUUAUGUUAAGGCACAUGCAUUGAUUACAAGAACCAAACCAGUAUUCUGGUUACUUAGAAAUUACAUUUACCUUGGCAAAAUAAAAGUGUUCAUUUUUGUGCUGAUUGACUUGUCAGAUUUUUUAUGACAAAUAAAGAUCAAUUAUCCUCUAGUUUAUUAAUGUAAAAUUAAGAAUGUGGUGUAUAUAAUAAAAUCAGUUGAUAAAA